AUCUUGUGUGGAGUAAUGCGGACACACGCCUGCAAUUCAUUCUCUUCUUCACUCUCAAAGCUCAAAGAACAAUCUCUUGACUCCAUCAUCUUCCAUUUCCAAUAGAUCUAAGACCUCAAAUUUCAAUAAUUCAAUACAAAAACCAAGGUCUUAUAGAGAAUAACUGAAAUGGGGCUAGGGAUAUUAGCUUCUAGGGUCAUCAGACCCCACGCUACCAAGCCUAGAAACUUGCUUCUCCUCCGCUCCAUUGUCACCAAGCCCGAGCUUCAAUCACCUGAAGCUUCUGCUGCCGCCACCGCACCUGACCCCACUCCAGAUCUUCCGCCGCGAACUCCAGUCGCCGGUGCCCGGGUCCACUUCCCCAACCCCGAUGAUGCGAUCGAGGUCUUUGUCGAUGGGUAUCCGGUCAAAAUCCCUAAAGGAAUGACGGUUUUGCAAGCUUGUGAAGUCGCUGGUGUUGACAUUCCUCGAUUUUGCUAUCAUAGCCGACUUUCCAUUGCUGGUAACUGCCGUAUGUGCCUUGUUGAGGUCGAGAAGUCUCCAAAGCCCGUUGCUUCUUGCGCUAUGCCUGCUCUACCAGGGAUGAAGAUUAAGACAGACACACCUGUGGCAAAGAAGGCACGCGAAGGGGUUAUGGAAUUUUUGCUCAUGAACCAUCCAUUGGAUUGUCCAAUUUGUGAUCAAGGUGGAGAGUGUGAUCUUCAGGAUCAAUCUAUGGCAUUUGGAUCAGAUCGUGGCCGAUUUACUGAAAUGAAGCGAUCUGUGGUUGAUAAGAAUCUUGGUCCUUUGGUGAAGACUGUGAUGACUCGGUGUAUUCAGUGCACAAGGUGUGUCAGGUUUGCAACAGAAAUUGCUGGAGUCCAGGAUCUUGGCAUGUUAGGUCGUGGCAGUGGAGAAGAAAUUGGGACUUAUGUUGAAAAGCUCAUGACAAGUGAACUUUCUGGAAAUGUGAUAGAUAUCUGUCCUGUUGGAGCCCUUACUUCAAAACCUUUUGCAUUUAAAGCCCGGAAUUGGGAAUUGAAAGGGACAGAAAGCAUUGAUGUUAGUGAUGCGGUUGGAUCCAACAUUCGGAUUGAUAGUAGAGGUCCGGAGGUCAUGCGCAUCAUUCCGCGGUUAAAUGAGGACAUAAAUGAAGAAUGGAUAUCAGAUAAGACUCGGUUUUGCUAUGAUGGUCUGAAGAGGCAGAGACUCAACGACCCUAUGAUUCGUGGCACGGAUGGGCGCUUUAAGGCUGUGAGCUGGCGUGAUGCCUUAGCUGUAGUUGCUGAGGUAAUACAUCAAGUUAAACCUGAGGAAAUUGUUGGAGUUGCUGGUAAGCUGUCUGAUGCUGAAUCCAUGAUGGCACUGAAAGAUUUCUUGAAUAAAAUGGGGUCAAAUAAUGUCUGGUGUGAAGGAAAUGGCCCAAACCCAAAUGCUGAUCUACGAUCUGGAUAUAUAAUGAAUAGUAGCAUUAGUGGGCUUGAGAAGGCAGAUGUCUUCCUUUUGGUUGGUACUCAGCCUAUGAUAGAAGCUGCCAUGGUAAAUGCUAGAAUUCGCAAGACAGUUCGUGCAACCAAUGCUAAGGUUGGUUAUAUUGGCCCUCCAUCUGAUUUCAACUAUGAUUGUGAGCAUCUUGGCACUGGCCCUCAAACUCUCCUUGAAAUUGCUGAAGGUCGUCAUCCUUUUUACUCAAAAAUCUUAAAUGCCAAAAACCCAGCAAUUAUUGUUGGUGCUGGAAUCUUUGAAAGAUCGGACAAGGAUGCAAUUUUUUCUACUGUUGACGCCAUUGCAAAAAAAGCAAAUGUUGUGAGACCUGAUUGGAAUGGGUUCAAUGUGUUGCUUCUCAAUGCUGCACAAGCUGCGGCCCUUGACCUUGGACUUGUGCCAGAAUCCAGCCAGAGUAUUGAGUCUGCCAAGUUUGUGUAUUUGAUGGGUGCUGAUGAUGUGAACUUGGACAAGCUGCCAAAUGAUGCCUUUUUGGUAUAUCAGGGGCACCAUGGGGACCGUGGUGUAUAUCGUGCCAAUGUCAUUUUGCCAGCAGCAGCAUUUACUGAAAAGGAAGGUACCUAUGCGAACACAGAAGGGUGUGCACAACAGACUUUGCCUGCAGUUCCAACAGUUGGUGAUGCAAGGGAUGACUGGAAGAUAAUUCGGGCUCUCUCUGAGGUAGCAGGGGCACGCUUGCCCUAUGAUUCAAUUGGUGCCAUCCGAUCCCGGAUUAGAAAUGUUGCACCCAAUCUCUUGAGCCUGGAUGAGAGAGAGCCAGCUACUUUUUGGGCUUCGUUGAAGCCUGAGUGCACUCAAAAGAUUAGUUCAACACCAUUCAAUGCUUCCGUAGAGAAUUUUUACAUGACUGAUGCCAUUACAAGGGCUUCAAAGAUAAUGGCACAAUGCAGUGCACUGCUAUUAAAGAAGUGAGUGCUGGAUUUUGAUCUUUGUAAUAAAAUUGCAGAUCAAAUUUUCUUUGAAUAUUUCAUUUAUCUAUGUGAGGCCCUGUUUGGCCAAGGGCCAAACUUCUUGAAUGUUGGAGUAAAAGUAAAUUUAUUUAGGUUCUGUUUGUAACAUUCCUACAAAUGUAAAAGCAUUUUCCUUAACUGUGUAAAAA